AUGAUUUUGAACUGGACGGCCGACGCAACACCAUUCAGCCAUGGGCUCGAUGGAGUCAACCAGGGCGCGAACUACACCUUUUCGAACGUUAUCCUCAUAUCAUUCUUUGCGAUACUGGCGGUGACGAUUGUUUACCGAUGCAUUCAAGUCGUCAAUGCACACUUCCGGCGGAUGUUUACGAUGGGAAGGUGUGAGGAUCAACGAUACUGGAUGAUCAAUCACUCGCAUUUUUGGCCACGGAUAAAGAAGCAGUUGAUCUAUGCGCCGCUCGGUCGACAGCGGCACAAUCGCGAGCUCCAGCUGUCGAGAGCCGUCGCCAUUGGAACUCUUCCUUCAAGAUAUCACAUGAUUAUACUCGUGCUAUACCUCGCGAGCAAUGUCGCCUACACCCUCGCCUUGAGCUGGGGUAGAGGCGAGAGCUUUUCGGUCGUCGCGGAGUUGCGAGGACGAUCUGGAACAUUGGCCGCGCUGAACAUGAUCCCUACGUUUCUCUUUGCGAUGCGCAACAACCCUCUUUCACCGCUGCUGGGAGUGUCCUACGACACCUUCAACCUUCUCCACCGAUGGUGUGCUCGGGUGGUCGUGCUGGAAUCGCUCAUCCACACCCUAUGCUGGGCAUCCAACGCCAUUCAGUCUGGUGGACAAGCGCAGGUCCGGCUGUCACUCUCGACAAGUACAAGCUACUGCUGGGGAAUGGUUGGAACCUGCGCUUUCAGCGCCAUGUUCGUUCUGGCAGUCGGGCCACUACGACACGCCUUCUACGAGGUCUUCCUGAACGUCCACCGUGUCCUCGCCAUGGUGGCGCUGGCGGGAGUUUGGGUCCAUCUUGAGAAGGCCAACCUACCUCAGCUGCCGUUCAUCAAGCUAUGCAUCUCAUUCUGGGUGGCGGAGCUGGUGUGGCGAUUCUUCCGGAUCGCAUACCAUAACUUCAGCAGGAAGCAUGGCGUGACGAAGGUCACUGUGGAGGCUCUACCCGCAGAAGCCUGCAGAGUGACUUUCGACCUCUCCCGGCCAUGGGUGUGGAAGCCAGGAUGCCACGUGCAUGCAUACCUGCCAGCAAUUGCACUGUGGUCCAGCCAUCCGUUCUCGAUAGCAUGGGCGGAAAAUAGGUCCCGAGAGCCCGCACUCGAGAUCGAGAUGCAGGAGAAGGCAAUCUAUCCACCACCCCCGACCAAGGCCAUGGACGCACAGUCAAAGUCUUCCGGCCUCAGCGUCAACAACAGACGACCAGAUCCGCCGAACCGAACGUCAACCUGGGCAUCGAACCUGUCCAGGACGAAUCCUGGAACAACAGCAGAAAGGACCCACCAGCCAGAGAGCAAGAACAUCGCCCUCCCACGAGACUCAGCCGUCACCUCCGUCUCCCUGGUAAUGCGCGCUCGCACGGGCAUGACCAGGAAGCUCUACGAGAAAGCCGCUGCAUCUCCUUACAGAACAUUCUCGACCUGGGGAGCGAUUGAAGGUCCCUACGGCGGCCACGAGAGCAUGUCCUCCUACGGCACCGUCAUCCUCUUCGCCGGCGGCGUAGGCAUCACCCACUGCGUCGGCUACGUCCACCACCUGAUGCUCCAAUACCAAGCCGGCAUCACCUCCGCGCAGAAAAUCCUGCUCGUCUGGUCCGUCCCCAACACCGAAGCGCUGGAAUGGGUCCGCAUCUGGAUGGACAAGAUCCUCAAGAUGGAAGGCCGCCGCGACGUCCUCCGCAUCCAACUCUUCGUCACCAAGCCCCGGCACCGAGGCGAGGUGAUCUCGAACACGGGGUCGGUGCAGAUGUUCCCCGGCCGCUGCAACCCGCAGACCGUUAUACAGAAGGAGAUGCAGGAGCGGAUUGGAGCGAUGGGGGUUACGGUGUGCGGACCGGGGGCGUUUGCGGACGCGGUGAGGAGUGCGGUAAGGGAUGUGGUGGAGGAGGGGAAUGUGGAUUUUGUCGAGGAGGCUUUUACGUAUUAG